ACUUUUUUCAACUUUUUUUUUAUUAUAUAUAUAUACACAUAAUUUUAUUAUUUUUUUUUUUACAUUUUCAAGAAUUGAAAAAAAAAUGGUGAUGUCUACAUUGUGGAAAUUUCUAUAUCCUCCACCACCAUCUUUGUUUGUUACUACAAUGUCUAUUAUAAGUGUUGUUUCAUUAGCAAAUGCUGGAUUUUCAGAAAUUAAAGGAAAGCAUAUGCAAUAUUCCAAAUUUUUUGGAACAAUAAAAGAUGAAAAUGACGAGAAGAAGAAGAAGAAAAAAAAGGCAAAAAUUGAGAGUAAAUUAGGGAUGAUUUUAUUAUAUGGUCCUUCAUUUCUUGGUGGUAUUUCUUCAUUUGCAAUUUUUCCAAAUGGUGAUUUAAGGUUUGUUUUGGUUUGUUCUGCUUUAUCCAUACAUUUCUUCAAGAGACUGUUUGAGGUCCUAUUUGUUCACAAAUAUAGUGGUUCAAUGGAUGUUGAAGAUGCAAUUGCAAUAUCAUUAAGUUAUUUCCUCUCCACAAUCACCAUGAUUUAUUGUCAACACCUUUCUCAAGAUUUGCUAGAGCCAUCCAUUGAUCUCAAGUAUGGUGGAUACAUAAUAUUUUUGGUUGGUAUAAUUGGCAACUUUUACCAUCAUAUUUUGCUAUCUAAAUUGAGAACAAAAGGUGAAAAGGAGUACAAAAUUCCUCAAGGUGGCCUAUUUGAUUUUGCAAUAUGCCCACAUUAUCUCUUUGAGAUUCUUAUAUUUGUAGGAAUUUCAUGCACUUCUCAAACAUUAUAUGCAAUUUCAUUCACUUUGGGAACUACUUUUUACUUGAUGGGAAGGAGCACUGCUACAAGAAGAUGGUACCAAUCAAAGUUUGAUGAUUUUCCAAAGGAUAUUAAAGCACUUAUUCCCUACAUAUUUUAGGUUACUUUGUUGAACAAGUAUUAUAAGUUAUGUGUUGUUUAUGUAGAUCCUUUAAAAUAUGUUUAAUCUUAACGAAAAGUGAAUCGGUUUUGUAAGGGGUACAUACUUAUAUUUGUCUUCAAUAUACUUGUUCUGAGCUUAACAUAA